CAAGCUCCAGACAUGUCUCCGAUGGAGCGCACGUUGUUCCUCCUACAUGCCAUCCCCUUCCUCGUUCUUCUUCACCUUGCAGCUUCCACAACCAGCAACGACCAAUUCGUCUUCAAUGGAUUCGCUGGUGUUAACCUCACCCUCGAUGGCAACGCCAUGAUCACACCAGACGGGCUCCUGGAGCUCACCAACGAUACCGUCAAUCUUGGCCACGCCUUUUACCCAACUCCACUGAACUUGCAAAAGUUGCCUAACGGCACCGUGCAAUCCUUCUCGCUCAGCUUCGUGUUCGCCAUCCUCUCCGUCCACAACGGCAUAAGUGCCGAUGGCAUGGCCUUCUUCAUUGCUCCGACAAAGAACCUCUCCAACACAUGGGCGCAGUACAUGGGACUCCUCAACAGCGGCAACAACGGCAACGAGAGCAACCACAUGUUCGCGGUGGAGCUGGACACCACCCAGAAUCAGGAGUUUCAAGACAUCGACAACAACCACGUGGGCAUCAACUUCAACAGCCUCAGCUCUUUGCAAGCCUACCCCGCUGGGUACUACGAUGACAAGGCUGCUGGAUCCUUCAACAACUUGACUCUUAUCAGUGGCAAGGCGAUGCAGGUAUGGGCUGACUAUGAUGGGGAAUCCACACAGAUCAAUGUGUUCUUGGCUCCCAUGGGAUGGACUAAACCAGUGAGGCCACUGCUUGCAUCUUCCUACAACCUCUCCACAAUUCUGAGAGACCCAUCAUACAUCGGUUUCUCAGCCACAACCGGUGCAAUCAGCACAAUACACUGUGUUCUCGGCUGGAGCUUUGCCAUUGAUGGCCCUGCUCCAGCUAUUGACAUAGCUAAGCUCCCAAAGCUGCCACGGAUUGGUCCAAAGCCUCGCUCCAAGGUGUUGGAGAUCACCCUGCCGAUAGCCUCGGCCACAUUCGUCCUUGCAGUAGGAGUUGUUAUCAUUGUAUUUGUCCGCAAGAGAUUCAGGUAUAGAGAGCUGCGCGAAGAUUGGGAGAUUGAUUUCGGGCCGCACCGGUUCUCCUUCAAGGACUUGUUCCAUGCAACGGAAGGGUUCAGGGAAAAGAAUCUGCUUGGUGUGGGCGGGUUUGGCAAGGUGUACAAAGGUAUGCUCCCAAAGUCCAAACUGGAAGUAGCGGUGAAGAGAGUGUCUCACGAGUCGAGGCAAGGGAUGAAGGAGUUCAUCGCUGAGGUUGUCAGCAUUGGCCGCCUCAGACACCGCAACCUUGUGCCUCUGCUUGGGUACUGCCGAAGAAAAGGUGAACUUCUUUUGGUCUAUGACUACAUGUCGAAUGGUAGCCUCAAUCAGUAUCUGUAUUGUGAAGAUGGUCGGGCAUCACUGAACUGGGAGCAGAGGCUCCAUAUUAUCAAGGGCAUCGCAUUUGGCUUGGUCUACCUUCACGAGGAGUGGGAGAAAGUCGUCAUACACCGAGACGUUAAGCCAAGCAACGUGCUUCUAGAUAGUGAAAUGAACGGAAGGCUAGGCGACUUUGGUCUUUCAAGGUUGUACGACCAUGGCACUGACCCACAGACCACACAUAUGGUUGGAACCAUGGGGUACCUGGCUCCCGAGCUGGUACGCACCGGCAAGGCGUCCGCUCUUACAGACGUUUUCGCGUUUGGCGUAUUUCUUCUCGAGAUCGCUUCUGGGCAGAGACCUAUCAAGCAAAAUCCAUUUGGGAACCAACAUACUUUGGUCGAUUGGGUUAUAGAACGCUGACAUAAUGGAUCUCUCGUGGACACCCUGGAUCCGAGACUCCAGGGUCAAUACAACAUCGAUGAGGCAUGUUUGGUGCUAAAGCUAGGUCUUCUCUGCUCCCACCCUUUUACCAGUGCAAGACCCACAAUGCGGCAAGUCAUGCAGUACCUCCAGGGUCAUACACCGCUACCACAGCUAACAGCAGCACAUUUCGGCUUCACUAUGCAAGCUCUGGCGCAGAACAAAGGGUUGGAGUCCCCGAGUAUGCCGUAUCCUCAGCUAUCGACCAGUUUUGCCACAUUCUCUGGCCUCUCCGGAGGAAGAUAGCUCAUUAUUUGGGAUGGUAUCUACACUUGGGAUCUUAUAGUCCCACUAUAAUCAGGACUGUCAUGUACUCCCCCGAAAUUCCCAAUAAAUGCUUUUGUAAAUGGUAUUCAGGUUUAACACAUGAUAAGAUAGCAGAGUGUAACAUAAUGGACAAUAUUUCUGCAAACCUGGCCCAGGUCCACUGCAGAGUUCAA